AUGUCGCAGACCGAUACGUUGUCUACUGCCUCGGCGAAUGAAAUAGAGAUCAAUAAGUCCCCUGUGGUCACGGCCGAGGUUGAAUACCCUGAAGGCGGCCUGCACGGCUGGCUCGCUGUUGCAGGCUCGUUUUUGGUGUACUUCGCUUCAUUUGGGGUCAUCAACAGUUUCGGUGCCUUCCAGACCUUCUACCUUGAUGACUACCUGUCAAACUACACCGCUAUGGUGAUUGCAUUCAUUGGAGCGCUGCAGAUCACGCUACUUUACGUCUUCGGCAUUAUCACUGGUCCUCUGUUCGAUGCGCUCGGACUCAAGUACCUCUAUCCCACCGGCGCUCUGGGCAGUGUGCUGUCGCUAGUCGCUCUGUCUUUCACCCAUCCCCAGCAAAUCUGGCAGCAGUUCCUCUCCCAAGGCGUUCUCUUCGGAAUCGUGGUAGGUUUCGGGACUUACCCAGCCCUGGCGGUCGUCGGUCAGUACUUCAAGGCCAAACGCGCUCUCGCGAUGGGUAUUGUCGCCGCGGGAAGCAGUGUCGGCGGCGUCUGCCUCCCUAUCAUGGUCUCGCGGCUCUUCAGGACGAUCGGUUUCGCGUGGACGGUAAGAGUUGCUGCUUUACUUACGCUAUUCUGUUACGCUGUCGCGAUACUCAUCUCCCGCACCAGACUGCCUAGGAAGCCGCUGCCCAAGCCUCAACAGCUCGUCGAUUUUGGUGGAUUCAAGGACCCUCGGUACCUCACACUUGCCAUAGGAUCGGUCUUGGUCAACUUGGGGUUGUAUUCGCCUUACUAUUACAUUGAACCAUACGCGAUUCAGUACGGCGUCUCGCCCUCGAUUCACGUCUAUCUGCUGUCUAUGAUCAACGGGCUGUCGUUCUUCGGACGUAUCAUCGGGGGACAGCUCGCGGAUCGUUAUGGGCGUCUGAACAUCCUCUGCCCAAGCACCCUGCUCUCCGGUGUCCUCUGCCUGGCGCUCUGGCUCCCGUCUCAGGGCCCAGUGCCUUUGGUCAUCUUCGCUUGCGCCUACGGAUUCUUCUCGGGCAUCUUCAUCUCCGUCAUCUCCGCCGCAGUUGGUCAAAUAUCUCCGGUUGAACGUCUUGGUGCACGUAUCGGGACGUUCUCCCUGCCCACGGCGAUUGCCACCCUCGUCGGCACGCCCAUCGGUGGUGCAUUCGUCAAGGCUGGCACCCGUGACGAAUAUCACCAUAUCGCUGUAUUUGCGGGUGUCACGAUUGUCGCUGGAAGUGCUUUUCUCUACGUUUCGCGCAUCUUGUCGUCUAGGGAUUUGAAGGCAAAGUGGUGA